AUGCUGGAUCCAAAAAGUAACCUGUCGCCCACAUGGAUGGUUCCAGUCUCCCAGUUCGUCGAUCAGAAUUGCCUUUGUUUCGAGGAUCAGGAGGACGCCAAAGUGUUGGAGUACACAUUGGUUCACAAUGCCUUCAAGCAACUAGUCGAAGACCUGUUGGCAGCCCACCUGGCGGAGCUGCAAAUCUCAACAGAAGAGUUCACCGUGUUCUGUGAAUACGGACUUUCUGGCAGCAACGAGCUCCACAGAAGUCUGGUGGAGCAGUUGAUCAGUGUCGACGACUUCCUUGUCUUCAAGGCCAUGAUGUUGAAGCGCAACUCCGAGCUUUCGAGAGAAGCGCUCAACCCAGUCGGUCAGAUUGUGGUGGCGGACGAUGCGGUCCCCGCCCCACCACAGACGGAGGAACUGGAGACGGAGGCAGAAAGGCUAGUGCGCCUCGAAGCUGAACAGCGGUGUGUCGAGGCCGAGCUUCAGCUAGCCAUUGCCCUGUCCAGACAUUUGGAGAAGCGGCUGCAACUCAUUGAGGCACUCAAUGAGGUGCUCGAGAUGGCAGAGGGAGGGCAUUACUUGAGCAUGCAAACCCGAAUGGAAGCCGAAGCUGAUCGGAGCAGUUCGCGGAAGGCUGCAUUGAGACAGCAGGUAUGGGACAGGCUGGAGAGCCAAGAUGCUGUGCUUUUUCCACGCCCAUGCCAUGGCCGAAUUCCCAACUGCGUUGGAUCAGCUCUGGCGUGUCAGCAUCUUCUGGGACUUCCGGAGCUGCAGAACGCAUCAGUGGUGAAGGUGCACCCUUCCAUUGGUGCGGCAGCUCUUCGAACAGCUUUGGUGGUCGCAGGAAAGACCGUUCUUGUACCACCAUACCCUGGCGCAGAUUUUCUUUAUCUAGAACUUCAUCGAGACCACUUCCCAAGCAGAUCCUUGGAAUGGGCCGGAGACAAGCGAGAGUAUUUGAAGUGGGCCAAACCCGUAAAACUACUCGACAUCCCGCUUGUGGACGUGGUCGUCGUGGCUAGCUGCGUGGUUGCCUCAAACGGAGUGCGUUUGGGAAAGGGCAAGGGCUACGGCGAGGUAGAGUGGGGAAUCCUCACGGCGCUGGGUGCAGCGGAUCCCGACACAACACCUGUGUUCAGCAUAUGCCACGACUUGCAAGUGGUGGAGCCUGCUCAGCUCAACGCAGAUAUGAUGGAGAGCCACGACUUGCCGGUGGAUGCCUUUGCAACUCCAAGCGGUCUCGUGCAUUGCAAUCGGAUUGCCAGCAAGCCGUCGGGAAUUAGGUGGGACUUAGUAGGUCCUCAGCUGGAGGAAGACAUCGGAGCCCUUAGAGAGCUUCGCAGCCUGAGCGAGUGGGAACUCCAACAGCACAAAACUGCUUUGACGAAAUCGUCCGUGGUGUCGCGGAAUGGCCGUGAGGACGAGGCUUGGCAGGCUGCUGUCGAUGCCUGUGCACGGUUCGAUGCAGAAGAACGUCGUUGUCAACAGAAUGUGACAACGGUUUCUUCUGACCCUCGACGGAGGUCGGACCAGUCUGCUUGGAGGGGCAAGGGCAAGGGCAAAGGCAAGAAAAGUGGGACAAAAAUGUGCGAAGAGUGGAUGCACCCCGCUCAACUCAGCGCACAUGCCGAAAGCAUGUCCGCUCAGGCGGAGGCUGAAGCUGCACAGCAGGCAGCGCUUGCUGCAGCACAGAUGAUCCAGCAGCAGCAGGAGCAGUUCAGCUUGCCGCCAACUCUCCAGAUGCAGCCUCUCCUCGAUGGCGGCAUAGGAGCUUCACCCAUCACUCAGGAAGAAGAUCCGUAUGCGGAAGAGAGACGACGUUUGGAUGCAGCUGAGCAGCAGGAACGUGCUCAAAACGCGGUCGCACAGGCAAGCGCUGCCCGUCGGCAAGCGGAGCUGAACCGAAAUCCACAACAGCCCUCCGAGGAAGAGCGAAGAGCGAGGGCCGAGCAUCUGAGACAGCGGCGAGAAGCCCUCAUGGAAAAGAAGAGGCGUGAAAGGGAGUCGGAGCUGAGUCGUUUCACCGAGCUGAACGGCCACUCCACAGCGGCUCGCGCUGCGGAGAGGGCAUGUGCAGGUCAGCCUGCCCUGCCAGAGGACGCAGGCAAGAAGCUUGCCGACGAACUACGAGGGAGCGUGGAGCCAGACGGGCCCCAGGCAAACCCUGAGGAAGCUGCCAUUGCCAUGCGUCGCGCGCUGACCGCGCAGCUCAAGCAGACGCUGACACAGUCCCUGCAUUGA